AUGUCGGACGUGCUAAGUGUCGGUGUGAAUCUGGAGGCCUUUGCCCAGGCCAUUAACGCAAUCCAGGCACUGCACUCCAGCGUGAGCAAGGUGUUCGGACUGCCUAAAAGAUCACAUGCGAAACAAGGAGACCCUGGAGGGCCGGGAGAAGGCCUUUGUUAUGCACUUCGAGGACAACUUGCAUUCAGUCAACCACGACCUCAAAGAGGUGGAACGGCUGAGCAAUUUGGCCGGGACGCUACAACUGGCGCCUCAACGUGGGGCCUCACGGGGAUCGCGAAUCUGGAUGUCGCUUCGGUAAGCAUGGCCGUCCACGCAUUUGAUCUCUGCCUCCAAGGAGCACCAGAGAUCACCUUGAGUCCAACGCAGAUGCUUCUCAACUGCAAUACGGGACUCGCACGAGGUUCAACACAGGCUACCCGACUGUGGUACAGGACCUGCAUUUCGAGGAUAUGUGCCCCUGGUUUCCUCAAGAAGGAAUUAUCGAUGAAAAAUGUUGUUCAUGUAUCUUUCUUUCUUUGCUUCAUACUUCUGCCCACAGACAAGAGUGAGAUCGCUCACCGCUACAAGGAUUUGGGAGAAGAGUUUUUCAAAGGCCUAUUGCUGAUCACCUUUUCUCAGUACCUCCAGAAGUGCCCAUAUGAAGAACAUGUAAAAUUAGUCACCGAGGUAACGGACUUUGCAAAGACAUGUGUUGCUGAUGAGUCAGCUGAAAACUGUGGCAAGUCACUUCAUACUCUUUUUGGAGAUAAAUUAUGUACAAUUGCAUCUCUGCGUGACACGUACGGUGAAUUGGCUGACUGUUGUGAGAAACAAGAGCCAGAGAGAAAUGAGUGUUUCCUGAAACACAGAGAUGAGAGCCCAGCUCUCCCUCCAAUAGAGAGACCAAGUGCCGAUGUCCUGUGCACCGCCUUUGAGGAUAAUGAAGAGAGGUUUUUUGGAAAACCACAGAACAAUGGGGCCCUUGAUGAACUGAAAGAACAUGCACUGAUUUCCUCUGCCAAACAGAGACUGAGGUGUGCCAGCAUUGAAAAAUUCGGAACAAGGGCUUUCAAAGCGGAUCUGGCCAAGUACACAUGUGAAAAUCAAGAAACCAUCUCCAGCAAGCUAAAGGAAUGCUGUGAGAAGCCUGUGCUUGAGAAAUCCCAUUGCAUUGCCGAGGUAGAAAAUGAUGAUAUUCCUGAUGACCUCACCCCAUUGGCCGCUGAUUUUGUUGAGGACAAGGAGGUGUGCAAAAACUAUGAGGAGGCCCGGGAUAUCUUCAUGGGCACGUUUCUGCACGAAUACGCAAGAAGGCAUCAUGAUUAUUCUGUCUCGUUGCUAUUGAGACUUGCCAAGCUCUAUGAAGCCAAACUGGAGAAGUGCUGUCCCACCGCCGAUCCUCACAUGUGCUAUGGCAAAGUGGUAGGUGGCUUGCAUGAAAAACAAAAUGUGGCUCUUGGGCUAAUGAUUCCACUAAUGACCAAGGAAGACAGUGCAAUGCUGCAAAGUGAAAUUUCAUAAAACAUAGUUCUUUUC